AUGCUAGGACUGGACGUUAUUACUGCUUGGUUUUCAGAUUACAUUGUUCAUGGGACGCUUACCAUCAACGGUCUGUACAAAAGAUGUGAAAUGGCAAGUAUAGUUCAAGCACAGUUCGAAUUCGAAUUCGUCCUGAAGCACGGCAAGCUCGCUAACACACGAUGGAACUUUGACGACUUGCGCACUCGUGUGUGGCCCUUCAAUCUUUCUCUCAUCGCCUCAAUCUCCAUCAUCCUUGCUUUUUCUCUCGCCGCCGCACUUUCUCUCAUCAUGUCGAUCUCUUUAAUCCUGGCUCUUUCUCUCGCAGCCGCUCUUUCUCUCGCAGCCUCCACUUCUCUCAUCCUUGCUCUGUCUCUUUCCACCGCUCUUUCUCUCGCCGCUUCCAAUUCUCCCAUCCUGGCUUCUUCCCUCGCCGCUGCUUGUUCUCUCGCCUCCUCCAAUUCUGUCAUCAUGGCUCUGAUCAGCGUGCCCAGACGAUUACGAUCACGAUCCUGA